AUGGAUGUAUAUAUCCAGAUCACGGGUCUGGACUCGGGGAAAACGCGCAGAGUCAAGGCGCUGCUCAAUAGCGGCUGCAGUACCUGCUGCAUCAAUACCGACUACGCGCAAGCAGAGAAGUUGGAUAUCCAAGAGCUUCCACAACCCAUUGUGGCUUGUAAUGCCGACAACACCAAGAACAUCAGCGGUCGGAUCAUGCACUACAUCGACCUAAGGAUGAGAAUUGGUCCUCAUGUGGAGACACGCACUUUCCUUCUGACGUGCUUAGGGAAAGCUUCGAUCUUCAUUGGUCUUGAUUGGCUGACGGAACACAACUCCGAGGUGGAUUGGCAGGAGCAGACCCUGAGAUUCAGUCGAUGUCCAGAGCGGUGUCACAUGAGGGGUCACAAGGAGCACCAAGCAAUGAUCAACAUGGAUGCAAUCGACCUGGACACGGGCGCACCGGAUCUGGAAGAGGGAGAAUUGAUCCUGUUGAUCGACUUUGGGAAGGAAGUGGAUCUGCGGCUGAAGGAAACGCUGGCACAGAAGUUUGCAGAAGAAGCAGAAAAGGAGAAGGAGAGGAUGACCAAGGGAAAGAUUCCGGAUCAAUAUCAGGAAUUUGUCAAGGUAUUCACCAAGGAAUUGUUUGACUCGCUACCAGACCAACGGGCAUGGGAUCAUGCGAUUGAGCUCAAACCUGGUUCCAAAGCAGUGGACUGCAAGGUGUACCCGUUAUCACGCAACAAACAAGUCAAACUUGACGAGUUCUUACAAGAGAACCUGGCCAGCGGAUGGAUCAGGCCAUCAAAAUCACCCAUGGCAUCAGCAUUCUUCUUUGUCAAAAAGAAGGAUGGUUUGCUACGUCCCGUCCAAGAUUAUCGGAAGCUGAAUGAAAUGACAAUCCGAAAUCCAUACCUGCUGCCGCUGAUCUCCAAACUGGUCCAUAAUCUAUGCGGCGCAAAGUUCUUCACCAAGCUCGACAUCCGGUGGGGAUAUAACAACGUAUGGAUCAAAGAGGGUGAUGAGUGGAAGGCUGCGUUCCGCACAAACCGCAGACUGUAUGAGCCCUUGGUUAUGUUCUUUGGUCUCACGAAUUCCCCGGCAACCUUUCAAAUAAACAUGAUGAACAACAUACUCUGA